UUAUACUUUAAAGCGACGGCAAACUGGAAAUGCUUCCAGUUCUUGAUCUUUGGAUUAUUUUCUGAAAUAAUAUAGAGUUCGAAUCACAAGAAAUUCAAGCGGUAGAAACCGGCGUGAAUUGUUCGAUAAAAUUGCCCUCUCUGCGUCUCCCUGUUUGUCAACAAAUUCAUACAAAGCAGAUACGGAAGGUAUAUACGAUUGAGAGAUGAGGAAGCGGACUGUGUACUCAUGGGGAGUAGCGAUUUUGUGCUUCGCAGUACUGAUGAUAGUGACUCCGUCGAUCCCUCAGUCCCAGGAGUAUCACGAUUUCGCCGACCAGCGGGAAUUCUUUGGCAUACCAAAUACGUUUAAUGUGGUUUCAAAUUUCCCAUUCCUUGUAGUUGGUCUUGUUGGGCUUGUACUUUGCUUUCAUGGGGACUAUUUUAGGCUCAGGUUGCAAGGUGAAAUUUGGGGCUGGACAUGUUUUUUCAUUGGGGUAGCGGCUGUUGCUUUUGGUUCUUCUUACUAUCAUCUCAAGCCAAAUGAUGCCCGUCUUGUGUGGGAUCGCUUGCCAAUGACAAUUGCAUUCACAUCGAUCAUAGCAAUCUUUAUAAUUGAAAGAAUCGAUGAGCACAAGGGAACAGUGUCAAUUGUUCCCUUACUCUUGGCAGGUGUUGUAAGCAUAUUAUAUUGGAGGUUUUUUGAUGACCUCCGUCCAUAUGCAUUGGUUCAGUUUGUUCCAUGCAUUGCAAUCCCGGUAAUGGCGAUAUUGUUGCCUCCAAUGUACACGCAUUCCGCAUACUGGCUUUGGGCUGCAGGAUUUUAUCUUUUAGCUAAGGUGGAAGAAGCUACAGAUAGACCGAUUUAUAAGUGGACGCAUCAUAUUGUCAGUGGGCAUACUCUCAAGCAUUUGUGUGCAGCAGUGGUUCCAGUGUUCUUGGCACUCAUGCUUGCAAAGAGGAGUAUUGAAACAGAGAGGCAAAGUUUGCUUGAAACUUGGAAAGUAUCAUGGAUCAAAUUUAGAGGAAAGGAAAUGAAGGUGGAGAGUUACACUUGUACUUACUCAAAUGUGCCUGUUGAGGAAUCUACUGAAUGAGUAUAUCCCAUCUUCAUGUUCACAGGAUUCAGUGCAGUAAUCAACCUUAUCUUCAGUAGGGGAAAUAGUCAGUGAAAAGGAACAGUUGGGAAAGGCUGCCGAGGUUCAGCCAUUGUGGUGGUGAAUUGAGAAGAAGCUUGCGGGAAGGGACAGUUGUUCCAACCCAAAGGUUUAGGAAAUCAUAUUCUAUUCUGGGCUUAAGACAUUAUUUUUCCUUUUUUUUUCUUUUAUUGCUUAUUGUCCUGGCAAGUCAUUAAUAUUGACCCAUUCGAUUCUUUAUCAUUUUUGAUAUUUAGGAUCAAUGAUUUAAAAAGAUAAAAAAUUCACAGAGAUGUCACGCAUAGAAUUAAGGU